AUGGCAGACUACACUUCCAUUCGUUUGUGGCUGAGUGACAGUCUUAUCUAUCUAGCAUCGUUGGAUGCAAGUGAUAAAGAAGUGUGCGAAGUACAGCAAGUACAUGAAGACACAAGGAAAAGGGGAGACGCUCUCAUCCCCGACAGGGGGCAGCACUGUGCAAGUCUACCAUGACUACCAGAAGGUGGCGUUUAAGAUGCAGCGUGAACAUGGCCAGACUGAGGAUCCCUGCAUCACAUGCUGCACUGAGCAGAAGUUCAGUACGAGGGAUGACGCCGCUCAUAGGAUCUCCUCGUGGACCGUGGAUUCAAGCUCACAGGCCUAUUCAGGUCCAGAGGACAACUCCACAGACCCACAGGAGACCCUGACAGAGACUUCCACUCUGACCUUUGUUGAUGGCCACACCAUGGAGGAACCAGGAGAGAACAACAGUCUCCACGGGGUGACGAAGAUUUACCUCAGAGACUUUGUGCUGAUCGAUGACGAUGACGAUGGGGACAUGUCCUUGAGAGAGAAAACGGUGAAUAACUUGGCUGUCAUGGACGGGAAAGCUGCAGAUCUGGUUCGUGGAAGACUGUUUUCCACCUCCAGCGGCUCACUGUCCGAGUGCAAGGAUGAACCUUCUGCUCCUGAGGUGUCUCCUUCACAUGGGAAGGAACCAUGCUGCACCUGUGCCAUUCUGUGACCAUCAGGAGCUGCGUUGUCCAAACAUGCUCAGUCGGACACGAUAGAAAGCAGGAAUGCAUGGCGGUUGAUGACCACAAUGUAUCUCACAGGGCAUCUGAUGAUUUUUUAAUGCUACGAUACAGGCUACCAAGCGCUGUAAAUGAUAUUUAUUUUCAAAAUGUGCAAACUUUCAUUAAAUGGCCAAUUCAAAUUAAAAAA